AAUAUAUCAAUCCCUCAUUCCCCGUCUCUCUCACAGGUCCUAUGUCUCUCUCACUCCUCUCCCGUCGCCUUGUGAAUCUGUCGCUCGAAUUUUCCGCUCCCGCCGGCGUUCAUUCUUCGCCGCCCCAACCGCCGCCUCCGCCCCCACGGUGCCUCCUAUUUCGCAAAAGUACCCCUGUAUUUCCCCGUUACGUGCUUCUCCGCCACCACCAACAUCGUUGCCACCGCUUCUAUUUCUAUGUAUAGCAAAAUCACUCGGAUUCUAGGGUUUCUCUGCUCUGGACUCAUCCUCGGCCCCGGUUAAAUGCUACUAUCCGGUGGUCUAGGGUUUGCGAGCGUCGUCUUCGCGCUGGUGAUUCUCUGCCUCGUAGUCCGCCUGAAUUGGAGGAAGACGGCGGCCAGGAACGAGGAAGUGAUGAAGCUCCUGACAGUCGCCUCCGAGCAGGCCGCUGUGGCCGAGGUCGAGGCUUCCGCUGAGUACUGCUGGAUGCCGGCGGUGAAGCCUUACCUCUGCGCCGUGUGCUUCUGCCCUACCACCACCCGAUGUGCUCAGUGCAAGGCUGUUCGAUACUGUUCUGGUAAAUGUCAAAUAAUUCAUUGGAGACAAGGUCACAAGAAUCAAUGUAGGCCCUCAUUUAAAACCCUGCAACCCAAUGAGGGCAGUAAUGUUUCUGAGAGAGCAUAUGCAGUAAACCAGGUUGAGCUAUGUGACACAGAUGCAUAUAAUGGUUCUGCAUCCUACAAUACCUCAUCAAAUUUCAUCUCUUCAUCCACUACCGGAGGUGAAUCAUCUGUGGAUGCUUCUAACUGUGAGUUUUCUGACUUAAGUAUUCAUUUAAGGUCAGAACUACAUGCUCCUGAUAUAAUUCAGACUAGUGCUAGUGUCAAUGUUCAGAAAUUAUCCACCUUGCCACACUCGAAUUCCAUUGCUGAUUUUGAGAAUAGCAUGCCAUCUAGUAGUGAGGCAAAGGUGGUUAAAUCCAGGCGUGGCCAUGAAAAAGAUCAUCCCAAACUCAAAAUUCCCAGAAAACAGACUUUGAUACUUGAUGGUGAUCAGAUAACAAGCCAGGGAAACAAAAUGACCAAUGGAGAUACUUUAUCAGAACACCCAGUAAUGGACACUUCUAAGCAGAGGACCAAGCGGUCAUCAAGGUCAUAUUCUAAGAGUGAUGAGAGGAAAGGUGGUUCCCAGCUAUUUGAGGGUAAAAAAGUUGGGUCAAUGUCUUCUAGUGAUUCUAGUGAUCAUCCUUCUGCAAGUACUGAACAUUGUUCAGUUGUGAGUGUGAAUUCAGCAAAAUGUGGUACUUCUCAUAAUCUGCCUUCCAAAAUUGGAAGCGUUCCGACAAUGUUGUCUCCUGCAGGUAGAGGUUUGAGAAAAUCCGUUCGUAAAGUUGUGCAACAGUUCACAGAGAAGCAGCAGCCAAAUCCCGACUUUCCAAAGGUGAAGAUGGAUGCAGCCAGAAAGCAGAACUAUGAGAUAGUCUUUCCAUACAAGCUGUUCAUGCAGUUGUAUUCUUGUGAAAUGGUAGAACUAAAGCCCUUUGGCCUUGUGAACUGUGGGAACAGCUGUUAUGCUAAUGCUGUGCUUCAGUGCCUUGUGUUUACUCGCCCUCUUACUUCUUAUCUUCUCCAGGGGAUCCAUUCAAGAUUAUGUCAAAAGGAAGAAGAGUGGUGUUUUGUCUGUGAAUUUGAAUGUCUACUUUUGAAAGGAAUGGAAGGACAGUCUCCAUUAUACCCUAUUGGAAUAUUGUCUCAUAUACAAAGGAUAGGUAGCCAACUUGGUCCUGGUAGAGAAGAAGAUGCUCAUGAAUUUUUGAGGUAUGCUAUUGAUACAAUGCAAUCUGUUUGCCUCAAGGAAGCGGGGAUAGUGGGUCCAUUGGCAGAAGAAUCAACCCUAGUGGGCCUGACAUUUGGGGGUUAUCUUCAUUCCAAGAUAAAAUGCAUGAAGUGCCUAGGAAAAUCUGAGCAGUCUGAGCGGAUAAUGGAUCUUACUGUUGAGAUAGAUGGAGACAUUGGAACUCUUGAAGAGGCUCUUGCACAAUUCACAGCUACUGAAAUUUUGGAUGGGGAGAAUAAGUAUUGGUGCAGCAGAUGCCAGUCUUAUGAGAGAGCCAAAAAGAGGUUGACAAUAAUGGAGGCACCUAACAUCCUUACAAUUGUUUUGAAGCGUUUUCAGUCUGGUAACUUUGAGAAGUUGAAUAAAUUGGUUCGAUUCCCUGAGGUUUUGAACAUGAGGCCGUAUAUGGGUGGAACAAGUGAUAGAUAUCCUUCGUACUGUCUUUAUGGAGUGGUAGUUCACUUGGACGUUAUGAACUCUGCAUUUUCUGGUCAUUAUGUGUGUUAUGUUAAAAAUUUUCAGGAGGAGUGGUUCAAGAUUGACGAUAGCAGUGUUAUUCCUGUGGAGUUGGAGAUGGUUCGGUUAGAACGGGCAUACAUGCUCCUCUAUGCAAGGCACUCUCCUCGAUUGCCAUCUCCAUUAAGAAGCCUUAGAGAGUCUUCCGAGGGGAAAAUCAAGAGGGACUUUGAAUCCAUUCCUUCCAGCUAUAAUGGACGGAAAACCACUCGCAAGUCGAGAAUUAACAGCACCAUUCCAAGCAUGAAUCCUUCCGCGCAACAAUUGAACCUUGGGGAGUUUCCUCACAGGAUUAGCCCUGAAGUCCCUGUUGGCAAUGAGUUCCCUGAUCCAUAUGAGUGGAGAUAUCACUCAAUUCACAGAGUCCCCCGAGUAGAUUCAUGGAGCGAUAGUUCUUCCAUUUUCAGCUGUUCAGAUGCUGGUUCCUGUAGCACGGAGAGCACCAAGGACUCUUCAGGCGCUGAGGACAUCUCCGGCUACAUUUUUGGCGAAGUAACCCCAAGAUGGUACUGCCAUUAUGGGGUUUCACCGGGCUUGGAUGCGUCUUCAUCUCUCAUGUAUAGGAGAUCUGUUGUUGCAGAUUCAAGUUUUCCAGAGAACUAGGGUUAUGGUCUCCAUUAUGGCACAUUUGUUAAUGAAGCUGUUUGAGUAUGGGGAGGCUAUCUACAGCGGCCGUCGUUAGUCUGUCCUAACCUUUUCCUGUGCAUUUUAUUUAUUUACCCUGAUCAGAAGAGAAAAUAGAUAGCAUGUAAAUUGACUUUAGGUAUUGAUAAUGUACCUUAUUAGAAACUAAUAAUUUAUUUUAUAAAUCUUGAAAUUUUCCUUUGA